AUGACGAUCAAGAUCGCGCUUAUACAGCUGCGUGUGGUAGAUUCGAAGGAAAAGAAUCUGAAGAACGCGAUCGAUCUUAUCCGUAUCGCCAAGAAGGAAAAGGACGCGAAUGUCGUCGUGCUGCCGGAGUGUUUCAACGCACCGUACACGGCCGAUUCGUUGCUGAACGUUGCGGAGGAGAUACCGAGCGGGGAAACGUGCCGUGCGCUGUCGAAUGCUGCCCGAGAUUUCGGUGUGUACGUCGUCGGUGGCUCAAUUGUCGAGUCGUACGGUGGACGGCUUUACAAUACCUGCACGGUUUGGGGCCCGGAAGGUGAUCUAGUGACAACGUAUCGGAAGGUGCAUCUGUGCGAUUCUAGCCUUAGCGGCAAGACGACAGUGGCCGAAACGAAGCUCUUCACGCCCGGCAGCAAGUACGCCACGUUCACCGUUGGCGAUACGCGCAUCGGGCUCGGUAUUUGCUGGGACACGCGAUUUGCCGAGUUUGCUACCGCUUAUCGGACGAUGGGCUGCGAUCUACUGAUCUAUCCGGCCGUCUGCGAUGUACCGACCGGGGAGCAACACUGGGAGCUGCUGGCGAAGGCACGUGCACUGGACAAUCAAACGUUCGUCGCGUUUUGUUCGCCGGCCCGGGAUACGCAUGCGAAACUGAUUCCGUACGGCCAUUCGCUAGUGGUCGAUCCGUGGGGUCGCGUCAUCCAGCGUGCGACCGAGUUCCAGGAGAUCGUGGUGGCGGAACUGCUGCUAAAGGAGCUGACCGAAGUUCGCCGACGGAUACCGGUGUUCGAGCAGAAGCGAGCUGAUCUAUACGAGCUGAAGGUUGACUGUUCCACCUAA